AUGAAGAACUCUCAGAUUGAAAGAAAAAAAUACUCAGUUCAUAAUUUGGUAAAACUGAUUAAUGAGAGGAAUAAACAGAACGUAAGUAAUAAGCAGCUCGCUGUAGGAGCAGACGGUACGACAAGUUUCAAGGAAGGGAACGGUCUGGAUGGAGAAACGCACAAUGAUUUCUUCCAAUUUGAGAAUAAUGGGCAGAUGGGAAGAAAGGACAAAGCUAGCGUUCCCGCCGAAAAUGGGAAAGAUGGGAAAGAUUGCGGAGAAUGUAAUGAUGAUGACGACGACGAUAAGGACGUACCUGAUGACGAACACGCUGGCUGCACGUAUGGGGAGGAAGGGGCAUCGGCCCCCCCCGGAGGCAGCGAAAUAAAACUAUUUAUGUUUGACUACAACGAAUGCCAAAACCAAAAGUGCUCCUGUAAGAAGUUAUACCGAUUUAAAAAAAUAAAAAAGGCUCCCAUGAAUAAAAAGUUUAAAGGAAUCGUAUUAACGCCAUUCUGCGAUAAAUUCUUUUCCACAAAUGAUAAAGGCACUAUGGAGAAAUUUGGCCUAUCCGUAAUUGACUGUUCUUGGAAAUCGCUGGACUUAUUGAAAAAAUCCAAAUUCGCAAACCAGAGGAAACUACCCUACAUUAUUGCAGUUAACAGUAUAAAUUAUGGAAAGCCAUACAAGCUUUCCUGCUUGGAAUCAUUGGCAUUCUGCUUAUAUGUGUGUGGCUACAAUAAACAAUGUACAGAUAUUCUUAACAUUUACAAAUGGAGCUCAAGUUUUGUAAGUCUGAAUGGGGAGUUGCUCGAUAUGUACAAAUUAUGCAACACCCAUGAGGAGGUGAAGAAUGCUGAAGAUGAAUUUAUUAAUAAUUCGCUAAAAGAAAAAGAGAAACGGAAAGAAAUAGACCACUACAAGGUUAUAUAUGAGGAUGGCUACUUGUAG